GAGAAAAACAGCUAGGUGGGUGCGUUCCGGGUACGGUGCAUUGCGUUUCUCUGAACUCCAUCAUCUCUGAAGACUGAAGUUUGCUGUCUUUAAUAUUAAGCCUAGACUCUAGGAGAAAAUAGAAGCUUGAUUAACAACCAUGAUUGACUUGCUUGGAGGUGCCGAGUCCAGCUUUGGUCAGCUGAAUGCCUUGACCAUCACAGCAACCCUUGGAGUGGUCACUGCUACUCUGGCCCUGUGGAGCAUCAUGAGGCCAAAGGGGUUCCCACCUGGUCCCAGGGGUCUACCUAUUGUUGGCAGCAUAUUCAGUAUGAAUGAUUCCCCUGAGGUAAUCUUUGACAAGUGGUCCAAGAAGUAUGGCGAUAUCUUUGGUGUAAAGAUCGGGGAAAGAUGGAUGGUCGUUCUCAACGGUCAAGCUUUGAUCAAAGAAGCUGUCAUCAAACAAGGUGUAGACUUUGCAGAUCGUCCCGAUUUCUAUUCUAUGAAAAUUUUCACAGAAGGAUUCAAGGACAUCGCAUUCAGUCCAUACAGUGAGACUUGGAAACUUCAUCGCAAGUUGGCUCAUACUGCUCUCAGGCACUUUGCAACCGGCAAACCACUCCAGGAUUUGAUCUCUAGUGUCUAUCCAAAGAUUGAAAAGUAUCUUGCUGAGAAGGAAGGCAAACCGGUCGACCCUAAGCUUCUCCUCACUCUUCUCAUGUACAAUGUCCUUACACAGAUGUGUUUUGGACAAAGUAAAGAGUUAGAAGACCCUACGAUCGUGGCAUGGAAGGAUAUGAAUGAUGAUAUUAAUGAAGGAGUCGGACUGGGUUUAGCGGCUGACUUCUUCUCGUGGGCACGAUACGUACCUACAAGUGGCCCGAAGAUGAUCAAGGAUACGACUGAUAAACUUCUUGGCUACCUGCGCUCAAUGGUCGAUGAAUCUAGGAAGCAGUAUGAUCCAGAGAACAUCAAUGAUUUCUACAGUCUGCUCCUCAAAGCCCAGGAUGAUGCAAGGAAAGAAGGAGAAAAUGUAGAUAAAAUGACAGAUACCCACAUCUUCCAGACAAUUUCAGAUAUUUUUGGAGCUGGAAUUCAAACCACUGUCGAGACUCUGUAUUGGGCUUUGGCUUUGCUGGCGACCUACCCAGAAAUCCAGGCAAAGGUCAAGACCGAGGUCAAUGACGUCAUCGGCCGUAAUCGUCUUCCUACCAUCAAUGACCGCGGGAAGCUACCCUACACUGAGGCAACCCUCUACGAGGUGAUGCGGUAUAGCAGUAUCGCCCCAACAGCCGUGCCUCGUGCUACUACUCGAGAUACGAAGUUAGGCGGCUAUUCCAUCCCCAAGGGUACAAUGGUGAUGAUGAAUACCUACUCUAUGCACUUUGACCCCCAGGAAUGGGACCAACCAGACAAGUUUCUCCCAGAUCACUUCCUGGACACAAGUGGCACUGUCCGUGAUCACCCUCCAAGCUUUCUACCCUUUGGUGCAGGACGUCGUGGUUGUCUCGGUGAAGCCGUAGCCAAGGCUGAUCUCUUUCUGAUCUUCACAUGGUUCAUGCAGAACUAUACCUUCAGCAGGGUUCCUGGAAAGGAGUCUGAAGAUAUCUUGAAGAUGAUUCCUCAGACCGCCGCCGGACGACUUUUGCGCCCCUAUGAGGUCAUGAUCCAGAAACAUGACCAGUAGAUUCCAGGGCUGGCUCAAAAUCCAGCAUUGUGAACCAAGAUUAUUGUGGUACUCUCAAUUCCUUUUGAAAUCUUCAUGGUUAUUCUUUUAUAUAAUAAUGAUGAUGAUAUAAAUAAUGAUAAUCAAAUGGGUGGUAGUGGUGAUAGUGAUGAUGACUAUAAUUUUUAUGAUAUGAUUAUGAUUGAAUACAGCACAAAUUAUUUACAUGAUAGUGCAAGCUAUACUUAUCUAUAUAUGUACUUGGUAAGUUUGAUACAUGAUGCCUCCCCCCCCCAAAAAAAAAGAA